GGGGUCAAUAGACAAUAGGUGCAGGAGUAGGCCCUUCGGUCCUUUGAGCCAACACCGCCAUUCACUGUGAUCAUGGCUGAUCAUCCACAAUCAGUACCCCAUUCCUGCCUUCUCCCCAUAUCCCUUGUUUCCGCUAUCUAUAAGAGCUCUAGCUAAUUUUCUCUUGAAAGCCUCCAGAGAAUUGGCCGCCACUGCCUCCUGAGGCAGAGAAUUCCACAGAUUCACAACUGUGUGAUAAAGUUUUUCCUCAUCUCCAUUCUAAAUGGCUUAUCCGUUAUUCUUAAACUGUGGCCCCUGGUUCUGGACGCUCCCAACAUCGGGAACAUGUUUCCUGCCUCUAGCGUGUCCAAACCCUUAAUAAUCUUAUUUGUUUCAAUAAGAUACCCUCUCAUCCUUCUAAACUCCAGAGUAUGCAAGUUCAGACGCUUCAUUCUGUCAACAUAUGGCAGUCCCGCUAACCCUGGAAUUAACCUGGCGAACCUUCGCUGCACGCCCUCAAUAGCAAGAAUGUCCUUCCUCAAAUUAGGAGACCAAAACUGCACACAAUACUCCAGGUGUGGUCUCACUAGAGCUCUGUACAACUGCAGAAGGACCUCUUUGCUCCUAUACUCAACACCUCUUGUUAUGAAGGCCAACAUGCCAUUCACUUUCUUCACUGCCUGCUGUACCUGCAUGCUUACUUUCAGUGACUGAUGAACAAGGACCCUCAGGUCUCGCUGUAUUUCCCCUUCCCAACUUGACACCAUUUAGAUAAUAAUAUUCCUUUCUGUGUUUGCUACCAAAGUGGAUAACCUCACAUUUAUCCACAUUAAACUGCAUCUGCCCACUCACCCAACCUAUCCAAGUCACCCUGCAUUCUCAUAGCAUCCUCCUCACAGUUCAAACUGUGUCAUCUGCAAAUUUGCUAAUGGUACUUUUAAUCCCUUCAUCUAAAUCAUUAACAUAUAUUGUAAAUAGCUGCGGUCCCAGCACCGAGCCUUGCUGUUCCCCACUAGUCACUGCCUGCCAUUCUGGAAGGGACCUGUUUAUACCUACUCUUUGUUUCCUGUCUGCCAACCAAUUUUCUAUCCAUGUCAGUACCCUACCCCCAAUACCAUGCGCUCUAAUUUUGCCCACUAAUCUCCUAUGUGGGACCUUGUCAAAUGCUUUCUGAAAGUCCAGGUACACUACAUUCACUGGCUCUCCCUUGUCCAUUUUCCUAGUUACAUCCUCAAAGAACUUGGACCGAUCCUGCUACUGCUAUUUCAUCGUUUACAGUCAGAGUGAGGCUAUUGUGUGGAGGUGGGGAUCAGGGAGGGGAGGUGAGGGUGGUGCUGGUUGGAACGUGGGGGUGUUGGUGCCGCAGUUGUCACGGUUCCUGUCCCCACCCCCGGGGGUUGGAACCGUGACACAAACUAACACUCUAGAAUGUAGCAUUUUGAACGAUGCAGACAAUGGGCAGCGGCACCGGGGGGCGGGACAUAGAAACAGACACACAGACACAGACAGACGGCGUUGGAGGAGGUCGUGUCUGGUGUCUGCUCUGCUCUGCUCAGCUCAGCUCAGCUCAGCUCUACCCUACCCUACCCUACCCUAACCUACCCCACCCUAACCUACCCUCAUCUACCACCAUCUACCAUCAUCUAAUAAACUAUACUAUACUCUAGGUGCGGCGAGGACAGGCGGCGACCAGAAGGGGAGUGGUUGAAGUGGCCACGCUCCCGCUCCUUGUUCCCGGCGCCGCAGGGCAGCUUCUGCCGCUCGGACCCCGCAGGGACCAUCACUCGUUAGUGCGGAAGACUCGACGUUCCGUGCUCGGGCUGAGGCUCGGGGUUGUGGUGCUACGGUGAGGAUGUCUCGCCGCAGUCCCCGUCUGGCCGGCAACGGCUACUACCAGCCCCGCAACGACACCUCCAGCAGCGGCGGCAGCUCCGUCAAAUCAGGUGCUCCCUCUUACAAGGAGACUCUCGUCAAGUUGCACAAGAAAAGGACAAACAGCAAGCGGCCGGGACCUGUACCUGGCGUCAAACAUUCACCGUCCAACAGUUCAGUCGACAGCCUGAGUAGCUACAUCAGCAACAUCAGCAACGCCUCCAAGUGUUCUCAGCACUCUCAGCGCUCUCUGCACCUCGGCGGCAGCAGCAACUGGCAGGAGCCCGUCGGUUUGGCCUACUCUGAAUCGUUCUCUCCCCUUGCCAAGCUGUGGGGCUGGAUCUCGCUGCUGUCUCCAGAAAAAGCUCUGCCCCUGGUGUACUGGUGGUUGCGCACAGCCUGGUACCAGUUAACAACGGCCAUCUCCUUGAUCGAUGUCUUUACUCUGUCCAGGUGUGUCCCUCACGUGAAGAAGUGGAUGCUGCUGGUGUUGCUGGCAUUACUGGGCAUUGGCGUCUUGAUGUCACCCAGAGGUAUCUGGUCUCGUGCCGAGAAUCCGGGUGCGCUGGAAAGCACUCAGGUGAACCCUCAGGCUGACCUGCAGGUGCGAGUGCACAGAAUGGAGAAGGAGCUGGAUCAGUUGACCGCUGCCUUCCGGGCUGGGCUGGACUGGGGCAGUGAGUCGUCUGAAACCAUAAGCCUCCCUCUCUCGCUGACACCAGCCCAAAUCAUCAAGCUGCUGGGCAAGGUAACCCUUCAGAACCAGGAUGAGCUUCAGAACAUGCUGCCCUUCGAGUCGCUGGAAAGGGUGGAGCCUGACAUUGCCGCCAUCCAGCAGAUGCAUGAGGAGCUGACGGAGCCGGCGCUGUCACCAGAUGAUUGCAAGAUGAUGUUGCAGAAGGUGAAGGAAAUGGAAUCUGCUGUGGAAAGGUUGACAGAUGAACAGAAGCAGCUACUGACUGCACUGGCGCUGCUGGAGGAGCAGCUCAGCCAGACACGGCUGGAGCUACAGGCUGUACGUGCGGGCCAGAAGGACAUGGACUCCACUAUGCAAGCUCUGGAAAGCAGAGUUAAAAGUAUGAUUGAUAAGGAGACGACGUUGCUCCCACUGGUCCACAAGCUGCUCUUCGGUUCAUCAGAAGACAGCACAGGGGAACCACUGACAGCACAGCUGGUGAAGCGCAAGGAACUUGAGGCCCUCCUUGCAGGCUUGGAGAGGAAGAUCCUCGCAGAAGCUUCAUUUCAUCGUGGUCCGGCUAUGGAGGCACACACGGCAGCUGUCAGAGCAGGGAUUAUGAAGGAAGUGAAAAGCAUUGUGGAGCAAGCCUUGAAACUGUACAGCGCUGACAGGGUUGGAUUGGUGGAUUAUGCACUGGAAUCUGCUGGUGGCAGUGUGAUCCACACACGCUGCUCAGAGACGUUAGAGACCAAGACUGCUCUUCUUAGUCUGUUUGGCUUUCCACUGUGGUACCAAUCUCGGUCACCCAGAGCUGUCAUUCAGGUAUAUAAUCCUUGUACUGCUGCUCCCUUCUGUCUUGAAAGCAGUGACCUUUGAAUACUCUCCUAGAGGCAGCAAGGUACAGGGACGCUAUAGGUCCACAACUUCAAGAUUUGCUGUUGGGGGCACCACAACUAGUGUGUGUC